CAGCACGUUCAUCAGCACUCUCGCCACACAGUGGGAUCUGGUAUGUGAUAACAAAGGUCUGAAUAAAGCUGUGACCUCCAUCUUCUUUGUCGGAGUGAUGUUUGGAGCAGCUUUUUUUGGAGGCAUGAGUGACAGAUUUGGCCGUAAGCCGAUGCUGCUGGUGUCCUGUAUAUCAGGAAUGGCUUUUGCAUUGGCCAGCAUCUUUUCUUCCUCCUUCAUCAUGUUUGCAGUGCUGAGAUUCUUUAGUGGAUUCACUAUCACUGGCAUCGCUAUUGUCUCAACCGUACUCAAUGUGGAGUGGGUGGACAUUAAGCACAGGAGGCUUGUAUGUAUAAUUGACAGUAUGGCAUGGUCUGUUGGGAGCACCUCAUUGUCUCUUAUUGCAUUCUGUAUCAGAGACUGGAGAUGGCUGACAGUGGCUGUCACUUCACCUUUACUGCUAUCCACAGUCCUCUGGUG